AACACACGUCUUUUAUACUAAAGGAGUACUCGUUUUUGUACAAGGACAGUGAAGAGAACCACGAUGAAUCCGUAUCAAACAAAAGGUGCUUUGGGUGGAAGAGCUAAGCGCAAAUACAAAUGCAAAGGAAGACACUCACAAGUCCAAAUCAAAGAAGAAGUUGAAAUCAAAGAAGAAGUGGAGUCAGGAGAUGGUGUUGAUCUGAUUGCAUACCCACCAUUGUCACCACAAUCACCAGUUGAAGCCGGCGGUACUAUUAAAUCGGUAAGCGAAAGUGAUAGCGAGUAUGUUCCAUACGAUGCUGACUAUGUGAAGGACGAGAUCAAAUCGGAGGAGGAGGAAUGUUUGAAGAAAAAGCAAGAUGCAGCACCGAAGGCAAGCUCAAACGAAGGUGCAAGUGAUGGUCCGAUUGGUGAAGAUUUAUGCGAUGAAAGACCAAAUUCAAGCAACAAUCGUGAACAGCAUGCAAAAGGAAAGAAGCCAAAAGGCGAAAAAUCAAAGGGUUCCAACAAACCAUCGAAUGGUCGAGCCUCCAUUGGACAGAAAAAGCACAAAUGUCAUUUCUGUGAUUAUGUGACAAAAAAGAAAUCACAUCUCACAAUACACAUUCGAACGCAUACGGGCGAAAAACCCUUCGAAUGUGGAGUAUGUGCCAAGGCUUUUAAACAAAAGAGUAAAUUGCAUCGCCAUAAGAAAAUCCACGGUCCAAAACUUUCAUUUCGAUGUUUGAAAUGUGGUCAUCGAUACGAAGAAGAAGUUGAAAAACAAUCACAUGAGGAUGGAUGUAACCCUCGACGAUAUGUAUGCUAUCUCUGUGAAUACAAAUUCUUCCACCGUGGUAAUUUGAAGUAUCACAUGCAAUCGAAGCACACUGGUGAUAAACCAUUUCAAUGUGCUAAUUGUGGAAAGAAAUUCAUUCAGAAAGGUCACCUCAAUAAGCAUUUGGCAAUACAUUCCAAACCACACCCAUACCGCUGCACACAAUGUCAUCGACCAUUUGCAAAGGAAGACGAUAAGGAUCAACAUCAAGUGCAAUGCAAACGUCGUGGAUAUCAAUGCUAUCUUUGUAAAAAGAUCAUGCAAGGUACAACACAGUUAAAACUCCACAUGCGUAACCAUCACACAGGAGAAAAACCGUUUCCAUGCAAAUUGUGCGAUGCGCGUUUUCCACUGAUUGGUGAUGCCAAUCGACAUAUGGAAACUGUUCAUGGUGCGAAAAAAUGAUCAAUUCAUCUAUUGUGACUCAUCAAAUAAAUCCGUAAAGCAAAUUUCAUGAAUUCUAAUUAAUACUUAAC